AUGGCGCCGCGGGCGGUCAGGGGACGGUCCGGCCGCUCAGGUGAGGGGGAGGCGCCGCCAUCGGCCCAGGGGGCGGCGCGCAGCGGCGCCCUCAUAGACCGCGGCCUCYUCCCCACCGCCCGCCUUCCUCCUCCUCCCCGCGCCGCGGCCAUGGACUACGCGGUGCUGGCCGAGACGGUGGUCGCCAAGAUGGAGCGUUACCGCGGCGAGCGCGGCGGCUGCUACCGCGGCGACGGCUCCGUGCCCGCCAGCCCUGCCCGCGUCUGGGAGUGCAUCAAGCCCGUGGCCGGCGGCCUGCGAGCAGAGUGGGACAAAAACGUGAAGGACUUCGAGGUCGUGGAGGCCAUCGCUGAGAACAUCUCUGUAUGCAGAACCACAACCCCUACAGCUUUCAUGAAGAUUAUUUCGCCAAGAGAAUUUGUGGAUGUGGUAGUAACCAAGCAAUAUGAAGAUGGAACUAUGUUAUCUGCUGCCACCCAUGCGGAACACACACUCUGCCCUCCUCAAGCCAAUUUCGUUAGAGGAUUUAAUCAUCCCUGUGGUUGUUUCUGUAUACCUAUUCCAGGAGAAUCAAACAAGACUCAAGUCCUCACCUUCUUCCAGACUGAUCUUGGUGGCUAUCUUCCCCAAACUGUGGUGGAAUCCUUCUUUCCAGCUAACAUAGUUGAAUUUUAUAGCAAUCUGAAAAAAGCUCUUAAGACAUUAAAAUCGUGACAAAACCAGUUGCUGAGAUGACUGACCRAGGGUAGGAAAACCACUGGCAGCUUGAGGAUAGAAAUGAUGGGAAAUAGAGGUUGGCUACAACACUUUUUU